GAAUUGAGAUCACUGGAAGAAAUUGUCAACCAAGUCAACAUGAAUCUGGCUUCAACAUGUUCUUUACUUCUUGCAUUAUGGUCUCAUGUCCUUGAUACAUCUUGCUUGAACAAACAGGUUCGAAAACAACUUGGUUUUAAGUAUCACAAGCAUAGAGUUCAUCGUUUUCAAAAUGGAUUUUUUACAACUGAAAACCCACGCAACUCACAAUUUGACGAAAGCAGAUAUGGUAUAUAUAAUUGGAUGGCGAGCGAAAUUCGAACAUCAAGAUAUUUUGUGGAAUUACCAGUUCUGCCCCAUUCAUAAUGAAGAAGCAGAUGGAAUGAUCGAUACGUUACCUGUUAUAUUUGAAGACAUUUUUACUCAUCAAUGUAAAAAAGAACCAAUUUUCAAACACAGAUCGGGCUUGGGCAUAUUUUCUCGAUCUGCUGCAACAUCUUCCUCUCAACAUUUAUCAUCAGCGCCAUCAUCUACCUCCAAUAGCAAUCAGAAUGGUUUUCUGAAUGUCACUGAAAUAUUAGGUCAGGAAGAACGAGAUUUGAAAUCACCAAACAGCAGUAUAAGUAGUUGUGGGGAAGUCUGUGAAACUACGGUUAUGAAUAAUAAAGAGGAAACUGCAACAAAUGCUUCUCAGAAAAGAAGAAAAUAUUCUGGAUUGUUUCGGAAACGAAAAGGAAGUUAUAAAUUGAGGGCAGAGAGAUUGAGUGUAUCGGAUGAUGAAUCUACAAAAGUAACGUUAGCUGAGUUUUUAUCAAGCAUCGGUGACAAAAAACCUCAAUCUUCAAAAAAUAAUAAAUCUUUCGCCUCUGGAACAUCUAGUGGCUCUUCAAAGUCCAAGUCAUCUUCCCAAUCUCGUCACACAAAAUUGAAAGCUUCGUAUUCAGCUAACGAUACUCAAGCAAAUAAGAAUAGCAAACGUAAGAAAAGAUCUUUCACCCAUCACAGACGAAGUCUUGAUGAAGGAGCUCAACGUUUAUUACAAUUAAUGCGGAUUGGAAAAAAAAAUUCAGAUGGGAUUGAUAAUAUCGUUGAUGAUAAAAGUAGUUUAUCCAGAAGUUAUUCAUCUUCUGUUUUAAAUGAAACCAAACCCGGUUCCAGCACUGCAUCAUCACAUUCAAGUCUUGAUGCAUUUGAUGAUAUCAUCAUCCGACCAACCACUGCAGAAACCCAACCAAACCUUUUCGAAGUUCCAACUUUAGCCAACGGUCAUCAUCAUAUGAGAAGAGGAUUUACAACUUCAAGCAGACAUGCUGAAAGUCGUUUCAGAGCAUUAUUGAGAGCAGAAACAUCUGAAGAACCUGAAUCUGGAAUAAGUGAAAAACCAGUCGCGUUGUCUGCUAGAGGAUCCCUAAUAUCCCAAGCAAUAACAACAACUUUACCAACAACAUUUAUUCCCACUGCGUCAAUGAUCACUACGUCAUCCACUGUUGAAAGCCCUCUCCAUGAUCCUAAUGCUGCUCAUAUAUAUCACGGAAUGGUCAAGUCACAAUCCUAUUCUAUGGGAAUCGAGAGACUACAGGCGGGAUCUGACGAUCCGAAUCAGUUUCCUCGGCCACAUUCAAAUUACGUUCAAACUGUUCCAUGUGGCCCCCAUGGAAGGUUAAAGACUUCUCAUACGACUUUAGGUGGUUUGGACCGGGUUCGAUAUGGCAUGGGUCUACACCCAGGUGGGGGAACUGUAACGACGACGGACCUCAGUCCAUUUGAUGAACCAGAACUCAUUCAAGCUUGGGGUGAAUUGUCGACUUCGUCACCCAUGAAGAAUGGAUCAAUUGCAGAGAUAUCACACGCUUCAUCAGAAGAUGUCUCUGUUGCCAACACAUCAUUAUUGCCGUCUGAUGAUGACACACUGACAGCCCAACUCGACCAAUCAACUCCGACAGGAGUUCAGCCAGACAUGAGUGCAAUCACAAACCAGCUAGAAACAACAAACGGAAAUAUUGAUUCGACAAAGGACAAACAGACAAACGGUGUCGACAUUAAUGGAUUUAUUGAUAAUCUGGAUGAGGAGGUCGUCGGUGAACUUUUCUUCCCAGAAUUAAAAAGCUUAAAAAAACUACCUCCUGUUGAUGAAGGUUCUGUCCCACCUGAAGGCAACACUCAAGGAUCUACUUUUCUGAAGAUACAAAAUACAAUGAAACAGAGAAGUCAGUCACUCCAUGUAUUUGCUGGAUCAUUGGAAUGCUCAGAGGAACCUCCUGAUCCUGAUUUCAUCCAAGAAUUACAGACUAUACAGGAUGACAAUGAAACUAAAAUGCGAGAUGCCGUGUUUGAGCCUACCCCUAGACUUAACUAUGGUGUUUCGAAAAAAGAUGCCAACCAUGCAUGUUCUUCAUCAAUCCCUAGUACGUCAACGUCCACUGUCCCAACAAGUAUAAAUAGUACAACAACAACAACUAAAGUCACUGCAAAGUCAUCAAGCAAAACAAGGAUUACAAAGCCACCUUCCAAUGUCAAUUUGAAUGGAUCAGAAUCAUCCCUGUUGACGAGUGUAGAUCUGUUUAAUGCUGUUAUUCCGUUAAGAAAAGAGAGAGAAAAAAAACAUAUCGCAGAGAAGAGUAAACUUUUUGGUCGACUUCAUUUUCCUGGAUUUCUGUAUUCUGAUAUUCCUCCACCUAUUCCUCUGUCACCAUAUUUAACACAGAGAUUAUCAGUUACAAGAAAUUUUUCAAACAAUGAUGAAACUCAUUUAGUUGUCUGCGUUCAUGGUCUUGAUGGUAAUUCGAAUGAUCUUCGACUCGUCCGCACUUAUUUACAACUCGGACUUCCAGCAAGUUCAAAUAUUUCGUUCCUAAUGGCUCGAGCAAAUCAAGAUGAUACAUAUGCCGAUAUUGAUACCAUGACGGAUCGCUUAGUUUCAGAAAUCUUGGAUUAUAUCGACAUGAAUUAUUCUUCAGGCAGAGAACCAACAAAAAUAAGUUUCAUCGGACAUUCAUUGGGUUGUCUUUUGAUUCGAUCGACUGUCGCGCAUGAUCGUAUGCGACAUCUUCAAUCAAGAUUUUAUACAUUUUUGUCAUUUUCUGGACCUCACCUCGGAACUAUAUUUAACAACAGUGCACUUGUAAAUACAGGUCUUUGGUUGAUUCAAAAAUGGAAGAAAUCAGCUUGUCUUCUUCAACUUGCUUGCAAGGAUCACGCAGAUCUCAGGAAAACUUAUGUUUAUAAACUGAGCAAAAAAAGAGGACUCGAGUAUUUUCGUAAUAUACUACUCGUGGCAUCAGCAUCCGAUCGCUACGUGCCGUAUCACUCAGCAAGAAUUGAAAUGUGCAAACAAUCGUUUCGUGAUAAAACUCUUGGACCACCAUACCAGGAAAUGUUAAACAACAUUAUGAAGCCAGUGCUCAAUAAGCAGAAAUUGAAUUUAGUCAGAUACCACGUCGUUCAUGCGUUACCGACAGCCAAUGCAAAUACAAUGAUUGGACGAGCGGCACACAUCGCUGUUUUAGACUCUGAAGUUUUUCUGGAAAAAUUUUUACUGGUAGCAGCAAUUCGAUACUUUGUUUAAAAAGCUUCGCUCCAUCAUUUCUGAUAAAGGGUGGAUCUGGUACAAGGAUGGCCAAACCAAAAUAUUUUAAUAUUCCUAAUAAAUUCUGAAAAGAUAAUUUUGAAUAUGGGAUUUUGAAUGCAUUCUAAAUUGGGGGCAAGUUCAUGUGGAAAAUUUAAUAAUUCACUAUAUCUUCAUGUUGAUCACACAAACAAAUGUCAUUGGUUGUCUGUGCAGUUUGUUACCAAUUGAUGUAUUGUAUGUUUUCGAUCUGCUUGUCUGACGGCUUGAAAUUCCUAAUUUUUAAAUAAAAAAUUUUUGGAUUAUUUCUAAAUUCAAAAAUUUACUAUAUGGAACAUAAUGAAUUUCGGAUGUAUUCGAAUAGUUGAUUCGUUUUGGACAACCCUGAACUGGAAUUUUGUCAUUUUGAUUAUGAUUAUACACACCUGCCAUUCCAAGAGCUCACGUCUGGUUCGUUUCUAAAUCGAAUUAGUGCAACCUCUGAAUCAAAAUCAGCUGCUCAUUUAUUCCUGCAUGAAUCGUUUUAUAGUACAUGUUGUUCUUCACUCGACACUGAUAAUUUCUUGUAGAACCAUUUCCCAUAUUUUGUUCAAAUAUACCUCCACUAUCUUUCAUAUGCAUCUGGAACUUGAGACAUAAAAAAAAGUAUGAAGGUAUAACGUGAGAUUUCAGAAUGAAUACAAAUGAGCACUGUUGGCUUAGAAGUGUCUUUUUCCCAAGAAAAAAUUUUUCGUGACUAUAUUUUUGUAGUAGGAAAUAGAUUUUAAAUUGAAACAUAUGAAUUAAGUACUUUCAAAAUAAAUUAAAAAGAAAAAAAUUUUGAACUAUAUAUAUUGGUAACACAUUUUUCGAACUGAAAGAUGUUAACAUUUUAAAUUCUGUCUUUUCCAAUAAAUUUUUAGUUUUCAAGCAAAAGAGGUGAUCGUGUGGCUUCUAUCCUUUUAAUUCGGUUCUACAUUUGGUGGACGUCUUUUAACAGGACAACUUCAUUUGCUUCCAACAAUGUUUUUUCAGAAAAAUUUCUGUCAUAGGUGCAUCCUAUUUGCUUCUGCAUUUUGGGUAGUCAAAAUUUUAUGCAAUUAGAAUAUUGGAUCCGUUGCUUAUUGAACAGUCAUUCGAAUAUUUGCUCGAGUGUCGCUUCAAAGUCUUCCAUAAUGUGUUGCAAUUAUUGUGCUUUGUGCUGUAUCAUCGCAAAAUAAAAUGAAUUUUUGUGAUUUUGUUUUAAGUAUUCCUGUUUUACUUUUGUGUCCACCUGUCAAUUGUUUUGUUUUGUCCUUCCACUGUAUUGAGUCUUGGUGAUGAUAUUGUGAAAUCGAAGAUAUCUUCUCAGAAUUGCCAAAUUCUGAAUGGCGUGCAUAUUUUCAACAAGUGAUAUGUCUCGUAUGACAGUGAUGUUUAUAAUUAAUACUUUUUCGAAAUUUGGAAAUUUUCGAAUGUCGAAUUGUUUAAAAUUAGAGGAAUCAUCAGUACAUUAUUACGACUGUGCUCCACAAAAGUCAAUUUUAUUAAAAUUGUUGAAUACUAAAAUUUUAAUUUUUGUACUUGACUGAUGUAAUGGACAUACUCUGUUCUAUUUUGAACGUAAAUUGGCUCCAUUAUCGGAGCCUGUACUUAUCAAUCUGAGUUAUGGCCACAGAACAAGUAAUUGUUUUAUUGGAAUCAAUGUUCCAUGUACUGUCAAAUGAAGGACCAUUCAUUUUUACAUUCAAAUUUAUUGUGAGCAAUUAGUUAUAGAGUCACAAAUUUGAAAUACUUGCUAGUUAUAGCCUGCCCUCACCAAACGCAUGACAAUAGUCUGUAAUGAUAGCAUGAUAAAUAGUAAUCCAUCACAUGUAGUUGAUUGUUUAUAUUUUUUCGUCAGUAUUAGUAACUGCCCUGAUACCUUAAUUUUUUUAUUUUGGACUAUACAUUUGUUCAAUUCCUAUUUUAAAUAAUUCAGCAUUUUAAAAUGGAUAUGUAUGUUUCUGAUUUGUACUCUGCCGGCUUUGGCAAGACACCAUGGUUAUGCAAGAGGCUGGUAAUUUCUCGUUUUCUGCUGAGUUUGUAUUUUGUCUUACUUGGUGCAUAAAAAGUAUUCAAUAUGACUUUUUUGCCUACUGUGAACAGGCAGAAGUAUAAUCUGCUGAAGCCAUUAUCCAUUCAUUGAACAUUUAAAUGUAUGUGUUCAUGACUUAUCACAUCUUAUCACUUAUCACAUGCCAAUGUCUGAUUUAGUUUUCGGCAUUUGCAAUUGAAUAUUGUACAUUGCUGGUGUGUAAUUUCUCUUUAUUUUUCUUGUUUGAUAGUAGAUGUAUAUUUAUUUAAUCUUUAUCACGUGUUUGGUCUUUACGCGUAUGGUUAUUUCAAGUCAUGUAGCUUGCUUGCUCAUAUAAUACAUUUUGCAAAAUUAGCA